AUGGCGAGCUCACGCGUCCUCCUGCUGUCGCUCCUCAUUGUGCUGGUCUCCGCGCAAUUCGCUUACGGGCAGAUUCGUCUGAACUCGUGCAUGCCCAAGGACAAGUGCCCGGACAGAAAGAGCAAGCUCUGCGGCCUCUAUGCCACAUGCAGGACCCUCCGUAGCGCUCUCCCCGAUAACUACCUCUGCGACGAAUGCGCUGCUUAUGACCUAAAGAAGAUGCCUGCUAGCUCCUGCAACUACACAACCGGUCGCUGCCUCGCCAAUAAGAUUGCUGGCAAGUCCUGCACUGCUAAGAUGUUCAACUCGGUAUGCGACAAAAAGGAACCCGCCUUCUCGUGCCAGAAGGUCGAGGGCGUUCCCGUCACCAAGAAGACCCCCCAGGCGUACCGCUGCUGCAGGAGCACUUGCCCUCCUGGCCUGUGCGGCAAGGGUUCGAAGCCCAUCCAGUGGAGGAACCAGUGCAAUGUUCUUAUCGACUGCCCCUCUGCAUGCGCUCCUCGUGCUGCGAACGCUGUCCAGGUUUUCUAUUUGUAA